CUGUAGUAGGCCGUUUCUAUCUUCAACAGAUUGUUUUAAAUUUAUAUAAUUAUAUAAAUUUACAUAUAACAAUUUACAAAUUUAUUCAGAUUUGAGCAUGGGCAACGCAUUGAAGCGCAGUGCACGAAGACAUAAAAUCAAGGAGAAAAAAUUAAAAAAUCCGAUAUUUUUGUAUCGUGUACUAUAUUGGAGUUUAAUCUUUCUGCUAAUGGGCGGACUACUCGCCGGCGUAUAUUAUAUGCUGCAAGCUGAUUUCGGACACUGCAAUUCCUACGACAGCAAGUGCUUCUAGAUAGACGCAAUUCAUUCGAUAGCAAGCUGAAAUUUGUUCAAUUAAGUGGAUAUGUCUGCAUCCGCCUCAUCAAAUAUGGUGGAUAAUAGGAUUGCUGGUGUGACCGUGAUGAGUCGCUCGGAAGCGAAGAAAUGUAUUACCCUAACCGUUAUUAUGCUUGCAAUUAUUUUAAUAUUUUUUGGCGUCUUUGUGGAGCUUGAUAAGGAACCACCACCCUGUACGAAUUACAGAGUUCUAUGCUUUAGAGAUUCGAGUAUCCGAAGCGAUGAUUAAUAGUUUUUCAAUAGUUUUCUUGUGUGUUUAUUUGUUAUAUCUCAAGAAGAAGGCUCAUCUAAAAUCAUUUCUAUAAAUCAAAUUAUAAAUGUUUUUAAAUACAUAUAUAAUAAUUGUUCACGAUUUAGGCAGCUGAUUAUAUAAGUAAGGUGGAUUUAUAAUAUAUAUUACGUAUACGCCUCGUUUGAAUAUUUACCAGAUUUCUAACACAUUUUUAGUAUUUAAAUCGCCUUUUGGGAAGGUCUUUUUCUGUUACGCAAAUUAAGUAUGAAUUUUAAUUACGUUUAAAAAGAAGAAAACAAAUAUACAAUUUAAUAUAUAAAAAAAUUGAUCAGAUCAGUUCAGACUAAGAAUUUGUUUGACUAAUGAAUUGGCUUUCCAUUGCAAUUUCUUUUUAUAUUUGUGGAAAACUUUGUGCUGCCAUGGGAGACUUUUACGCCAUUUGUAGACAAUGUGCGCAAUGUUUACAUAUAAUUAAGACAUUUUGCUGACUGCUGCCAAAAAGUUGAGACGACAGAAGAAUCUGCUUUGCCAGUUGCCAGUUGCCAGUUGCCAGUUGCCGCUGUCUGGCUGAUUUAAUAUGCAUUCGCUACCAUUAACAGCAAAUAUUCACUUCUACAUAAAUGCCGUCGAACGGCUGUUGAGGUUCCAAAAAUAAAAUACGUAAAUUGUCCUUUUAGCAUCAACCUGAACAUCUGAUAUCAUGUUGUAUGUAUGAUACUUUUCGAUUGGUUUAGCUUAACUGUGAAACGCAAAAAUUCAUGAAAAAUAAAAAAUAAAUGAAAAUGAAAAACACGGAA